AUGAUGACCGUAGCGGUCCUGUUGUCAAUGGCUGCUAUGGCUCACGCUCUAGUAGCGACCACCUCCGAGCCAGCACUCAACCAGAUUAAGGCCGCGAUGGCGACAACUUUACCUGAAUCUCCCGUUUCAAAUGUCAGAGGCAUCUCUUUUGAUCGGUUCUACCAGGUUUGGUUGGAGAAUACGGCGUACUCUGAUUCUGCAGCUGAUACCAACAUGCAAUGGCUUGCGUCCCAGGGAAUCUUGCUGACCAACUACCAUGGCGUUACUCACCCAUCAGAGCCAAAUUACUGUGCUGCAGGGGGUGGUGAUACCUUCGGUAUGGAUUGGGACAACUUUGUCCAGAUCCCCGCAAACAUAUCUACUGUCCCAGAUCUCUUAGAUACCAAAGGUAUCUCAUGGGCCGAAUACCAAGAGCAUAUGCCGUACCCCGGUUUUCAAGGCUUUAACUACUCCAACCAAGAGACAUUCAAGGACGACUAUGUGCGUAGGCAUAACCCUCUGGUUCUCUUUAAUUCCGUGGUCCGGAAUGACACACGUGCUCGGCAAAUAAAAAAUUUUACCAACUUUGAAGAAGACCUUGCAAACAAAAAGCUUCCCCAGUGGGCCUUUUUCACUCCAAACACAACAAAUGAUGCCCAUGAUACAAAUAUUACCUUCGGUGCCAAGUGGGAGCGCCAUUGGAUGUCAACCUUGAUUAAAAACGAGUACUUUAUGAACAACACCCUUAUCCUUCUUACCUUUGACGAAGAUAUGUACGGCGGUGAAAACGGAUCUACGUUCGAUCAGGGUAAUCGAGUUUAUAGCAUAUUGCUUGGUGGGGCUAUCCCGGAUGACUUGAAAGGCACUAAGGACGAUACUUUCUACACACACUACUCGAGCAUUGCAUCUGUAUCUGCCAAUUGGGGUCUUCCAUCACUAGGACGCUGGGAUUGCGGGGCUAAUAUUUUCGAGAUCGUGGCAAACAAGACCGGCUAUAUCAACUAUGACGUUGAUCUGACCAAUUUAUAUUUGAACGAUACCUAUGAUGGCCCAUUGACUACUGGACUGCUGGAUAAGUACCUAGGAGUUUCUUCUUCACUGAAGAAAACGGCAACCUCCUUAUGGACCUGGCCUAUUCCCAACACUGACGCCAAGUGUUCUGCUGGACAUGGCGUACUGGAAGUGGUAAAGAAGACCUAUAGUGGCAUGAGUGCGACCUACAAUUACACAUCUCCCUACCCUUGGGAUGAAGCCAGCGGUUAUAACACAAAUGUGACUGCUAGCCGCAAAUCAUCCAAUAGAACUAGCUCCUCCACCAGCUCGACCUCCGCCGACUCUAGUACCAGCACUGGUACUAGACCAAGCCUAGGUGCUGCUUUUGGAAGUCUGGUGGUUCUCUUUGUUUUACUGCGAUAA